AUGACUCUCUUUGAUGGCGUCUACCCCUUCUACCCGCAGCAGAGGAAGGUCUUUGUGUUCGAUGUCAGCACCAUCAUAGUAAUCGUGGUCUUCCUAACGUUCGCUUGCAGCUUCCUGCUCAUCAUCCCCGGCAUCCGCGGACGGGCGAGGAUCUACUGGACGCUCCGGGUUCUUCUCAGCCUCGUCGUGGGAGUGGUGAUUGUCGUUGUCCAGUUCACGGGGGACUGGGAGACCGGCUGGGUGAAGGCAAACACCUCCUACAAGUCCUUCAGCCGUGCCCUGGUGAACGUGGACGUUGGGCUGCAUGUUGGCCUGGCGGGGGUGAACGUCACACUCAUGGGAAACCCGGUGAAUCAGGUCAACGAGACCAUCGACUACAACGAGCACUUUGCCUGGAGCUUCAAUGCAGACUAUGACCAGAGCUACAGUGAAGGGCUGGAGAGGGGGCUGCCCAGCCCUAUCCUCUAUGUGGCGGAGAAGUUCACCACGCAAAGCCCCUGCAGCAUGCACAGGCAGUACCGCAUCUCCAGCCACUACGCAUCGGCCACUCUCUGGGUGGCCUUUUGCACUUGGCUCAUCUCCAACAUACUCUUCUCCAUGCCCGUCCUAGUCUAUGGAGGCUACAUGCUGCUGGUCACAGGGGCCUUCAUGAUCUUUUCGUUGCUCUCGUUCUCCACUGUGAAGAACUCCCUGAUGUGCCCGAUCCAGUUUGGGACUGCAGUCCUGCGCACAGGCUAUGGGGGAUCUUUCUGGCUCAUGCUAGUGAUUGGCUUGCUCUGUUUUGUGGCUGGGAUCACUGUUGUCGCACUGCACUACUUCAACUUGGACCUACUGAAAACUUUCUUUGAUCUCCAUGAGGACAAAGCAGAGGAGUACCAGGAGAUGACUGAAGUGUAUGUCAACCCUCAUUUUGUGAACAAAGGACUGUCUCCUUCUCAGCUGUCCAAACUCAACUCCAAAGGCAUCUAG